AGUACAAAAAAUACACCAUUCCUAUACCAUAUCUUCAAUUCACUGGAAACCAAUUCUAGAAAAGCUUAGCACAGAGUUACAUACUCCACAUAUUGAAAAAAAACUGUGACAAUAACAUAGGUACAACAUGUGAUUUUUGCAGAAAUCCUGAAAUAUCUCUGGUAAAAUAUCACCAAAUAUAGCUACUGUGUCUUAUUACAAAAAUUGUGAACAAGACCAAAAGGAAACUCAAGGAUUUUGAACCUCUUCAUAGAAAAAUCAAGGAGUAUCCAACAAAGAAAAUGCAAGAGGCUGGCCUGCUCAAUCAAAGUACUUUAGUGACAUAUUUUAAGCUUCAAGGUUUAUCCGUAAAUCGAAAGGUGCAGGUGGCCAUGUUUGUCAUGGUCCUCAUUCUCUAUGUCCUGACACUGAUUGGGAACAUCCUCAUUGUCAUAACUAUUACCUAUGACCGCCGGCUCCAUACCCCCAUGUAUUUCUUCCUCAGCAACCUGUCCUUUAUUGACGUCUGCCACUCCACGGUCACUGUCCCCAAGAUGCUGAUAGAUACCUGGUCAGAGGAGAAGCUCAUUUCCUUUGAUGCCUGUGUAAUUCAAAUGUUCUUCCUACACCUAUUUGCCUGCACAGAGAUCUUUCUCCUCACUGUCAUGGCCUAUGAUCGCUAUGUGGCCAUCUGCAAACCCCUGCAGUACAUGACAGUGAUAAACUGGAAAGUAUGUGUGCUACUGGCUAUGACCAUCUGGAUGGGGGGGACCAUUCACUCCAUCGCCCUGACCUCCCUCACCAUCAGGCUGCCCUACUGUGGUCCUGAUGAGAUUGACAACUUCUUCUGUGAUGUACCUCAGGUGGUCAAAUUGGCCUGCACUGAUACACACAUCAUUGAGAUUCUCAUCAUCUCCAACAGUGGGCUUAUUUCUGUGGUCUGUUUUGUGGUUCUUGUGGUGUCCUACACUGUCAUCCUGGUGAGUCUGAGGCAGCAGGUCCACAAGGGCAGGUGGAAAGCCCUAUCUACCUGUGCAGCCCACCUCACCGUAGUCACACUGUUCCUGGGACAUUGCAUCUUCAUUUAUUCUCGUCCAUCCAUCAGCCUCCGGGAGGACAAGGUGUUCUCUAUGUUUUUCACUGCUGUCACCCCCCUGCUGAACCCCAUCAUCUAUACUCUAAGGAAUACAGACAUGAAGAAUGCUUUGAACAAGUUAAUGUGUAGGAAGGAGAGGAAAGAAACAAAAUAA